AUGGACACCCUUUUUCAACGCAGUUUAGAUGACAUAAUCAAAGGUCUUCGCCACCAACAAACUACAGAAUCCGCUUUCAUUUCCGAAGUUAUUGAAGAAAUCGAUGGACGCGAUGUACGAUAUAGUGUCCCGCCGAAUGCCUCUCUAUCUAGGCUCAUUGAUGAUUAUUGUAGCAGAAGGGGAGUUAAAGGUCUGAAGUUUUUUUACAAUGGAAAGCGCGUUACUAGAAAACAUACUGCAGCUAAGCUUGGAUUAGAGAAUGAGGAUCAAAUUGAAGCCAUGAUGGACAUGCAUGGAGGGGGUUGCAAGGCAAGUCCUAAUGAGUAA